CACACACACACAGAGCAGUGAAGGCUAUGGUGGGAGAAGACGCACGCGGACCUCCAGCGAGCUCAUUCCCCCUGUGACGGACCUGCGGCGGCUGCGUGUCUCCGGUUGUGAGAAGAUGUCUGUGAACGAGGUGUACGUGUUCCGGCCCUUCAAGCUCAUCGCGCUGCUGUGCGUCUUCCUGGCGCUGUGUUUGGACGUGGUGGCUCUGCUCAGCCCAGCCUGGGUCACCGCGGAGCAUUUCUCCCUGUCUCUGUGGGAGUCCUGCUCCCAGUCCGAGGCACGGCAUCCGACCGAGGAGGCUCGGUGGAGCUGCUACUCCACCCUCACAACUGAUUGGCAGAUUGCCACCCUGGUGCUGCUGGUUGCCGGUGCUGUGGCAACUCUGAUCGCCUUCCUGGUGGCCCUGAUUUCCCUUUGCCGGGGGACGCAGAGACGGCACUACCGCACCGUGGCUGUGUUCCUUUUCACUGCAGUGGUUCUGCAGGCCUGCGCUCUGGUCCUCUACCCGAUCAAGUUCAUCGACGGAACGGUUCUGCAGACCUAUCACGAGUUCAACUGGGGCUACGGGCUCGGCUGGGGAGCCACCAUCUUCAUGCUGGGCGGAGGGAUCCUCUUCUGCCUGCGCACGGAUGUGUACGAGGAUGCCAUGUACUGAGACCUUUUUUUAAACCCCUCCCCCCACUGGAAACACACACACACACACACACACACACACACACACACACACAGGAUUCCCAUUCAGGAGGUGUGCUACUUUUCUGCACACGGUUCAUGUGUAUGUGAGCACAGGCCCGCCUCUCUCUUCCUCUUGCUGUCUUGCUCUCUCUGUUAUUUUUAGACAGGUUGUGAGGCCUAAUUUAGGCCAGGGCUGUGUGAAUAGGACCCCCGCCCCCUGCUCCUCCCAUGCAGCCAGCGGGUCCCUCAGCCCUGCCGGUAUCAGGGAUGAGGUGGCAAAGCUAAAGAGCUUUCUGGACAGGCACAUGCCCCUGAUGCUGGAUGUUUCCACCGCACGUUGACCUGGACAUCUAUUGUUAGAGCGGCGGGGCAGACCUGAAUGUGCAGUGACUGAACAUUUUACAGGAUUGACGUAUCUCCACAUUUCCUUUAUUUUGUUUUAUAAAUCUUUUUGUAGCAUUUCACAAGGACAAGCAUGUUGUUAAUGUAUUUAGGGCAUACACUUUAUAAAUAUUGAAGUUCCCCCUCCGUGUGUUCUGGCUGAAACAUAUCUAACGCUAAGCCUUCUGAUAUUAAGUGUACAUUAGACUGCUUCGAUAUAUGCUAGAGCUCUCCAGUGUUUAUAGUUUGUUUGCAAACUCACACUAGUUUGUCUCGAAUGAAAAAAUGUAAAUGUGUACAAAGUAUUUCUACAUGAAGGAGAAUAAACAGUUGUAGUUUUGGGA